CUGUCCACCAUCAUAGGUACGGGCCGCAUCAAUGGAGCCUCGGGCUUAAGGCAAAGCCCGCCACGGUCCGCCAGGCCGGUACCUGCUCCUGGAUCGCGAGUGCCGGGCAAGGCCCGGGCGCGUGCGCGCUCGGAGGGGGCGUGAGGCAGGAGCGCCCGAUCGUUGCAAGCGCGUGGUUGCAGAGGUUAGCGGCCGCGGUGCCCCGCGCGCCCUACGAGCCGGUAGUUGCGGGGCCUCCCGCCCCGGGUGCGCGCAGCCGUGGCGGCCGCAGGUGACCGCAAGGGGCGGAGGAAAGGAGGGGGCCGGCCUCGGCACUCGGAGGAACCGCCGAGCCUGCCCCGAGACAACAUGGCCUCCCUGAUCCAGCGGAUCGCCCGCCAGGCGUGCCUCACCUUCCGAGGCCGCGGGGGCGGCCGCAGCGCUUCCGACCGCGGCGCGGUGCCAGGCCCUGAGGCGCCGAUGCCGCAGGGCUUCCCGGAGAACCUGAGCAAGCUGAAGAGCCUGCUCACCCAGGUCCGCGCAGAGGACCUGAAUAUCGCCCCGCGCAAGGCCACGCUGCAGCCGCUGCCACCCAACCUGCCACCCGUUACCUACAUGCACAUCUACGAGACGGACGGCUUCAGCCUCGGCGUGUUCCUGCUCAAGAGCGGCACGUCCAUCCCGCUGCACGACCACCCGGGCAUGCACGGCAUGCUCAAGGUGCUCUACGGCACCGUGCGCAUCAGCUGCAUGGACAAGCUGGAGGCGGGCGGGCAGCGACAGCGGGCCCCGCCGCCAGAGCAGCAGUUCGAGCCGCCGCUGCAGCCCCGCGAGCGGGACGCCGCCCGGCCUGGCGUGCUCCGCUCGCGGGCCGAGUACACCGAGGCCAGCGGCCCCUGCAUCCUCACGCCACACCGGGACAACCUGCACCAGAUCGAUGCUGUGGACGGGCCCGCUGCCUUCCUGGACAUCCUGGCCCCGCCCUACGACCCCGACGACGGCCGGGACUGCCACUAUUACCGGGUGCUGGAACCCGUCAGGGCCCAGGAGGCCCCCGGAUCGACCUGUGACCUGCCCCGAGAGGUGUGGCUCCUUGAGACCCCGCAGGCCGAUGACUUCUGGUACCUCAGUCUUGGCAUCCCAGGAGGACUCUGUCAUCACUCAUCUUUUCCAAAUGACUUUGAAUCUCGUGCUAUGGCUCUAUAGCUUGAUGAAGAAGCAAUAUAUCUCUAAUCCAGGGCUCUGCCCAUUGCUAUUGAACUCUAACAUGAGGAUAGUAACACUCAUGUAACUCUCCUGGUCUGAAUUCGGGACCUCUGAUCCCUUUAGUGCAAUGAGGCCUCUACUAUCAAAGAGGGAAAUCCUUUGUUAAGCCCCAUAUAAAUACUGAAUCUUCAGAUCCAGAGAUGUUUACAUUUCUGGAUUAAAAUCAGUGUACUUAACGGAAAAUAAAGGCAUGUUUGAAAUUGUUUGUAGGUAAGUCUUACUUGAUUAUUGCAAAAUAGAGAAGGAAAGUAUUACUUGCUACAAAUGACAUUUUUACUAACUGUUAAAGGUUCAUGGUCUAUACUGUAAGAUGAUGUACCAUCAACUGGUGGCCUGCAGAGUCUAAAGUUUAAAAUUUCCUUGAGAGUGAGCUUUGAAACAGUUGAUUGAAAACAUAAUCUGAAACUAUUUAAUGUUUAAUCAUACUAUUUUGCUGCAACAGAAAAUGUUUUCUUUUUAACCUAAGGAAAAAUAAAAUUGUGCAAGGA